AUGCCCCGACAAACAUAUCCCCUCACACCCCCCACAACUCCAAUAGCGCUAUGCCCCAAUAACCUCCUCUCUCCACCACCAGACCGCCUAAUCAACACCCCAACAACCCUCUCAAUAACCCGCGAAACCCCAGGCCGAACGUUCACUGUCCAUCUCGUCCGCGCGCACGAACCCCUUGAUAGUCCAGACCGACACACGUUGCUCUACACCGUAUCGGGGAAACCAUGGCCGCACACGCAACACCGUCAGAUAUGUGAUGCGGAUGGGGUGCCGAUUCUUGAGCUUAGACGCGUUUGGAUUGGAUCUCGGAGGUGGGCUGUGCGGUGUCCUGGUGGUAGAGCGGACUUACUUGAGGCUUCUAUGCCUUGGUCUGGAAGUGGGAGUGGGAGUGGAAGUGCUGGUUUUAGAUUUGAUGUGAGGUUCUGGAAUGUGCUUGGGACCGAAGCUUCAGACAUGGGAUUGCAUGCACAUUCAUCUGAUCCGGUAUCUGAUCCCGUGUCUACUGUGGAUUCUGGGUCUUUACGCGGUCUUGGUGACGAGCCGCCGCCCUAUGCUUCUGUUGCUGGCGAUAUAGAAGAAGAAGAUCACGGCGAAGCGAACGAAGUCUGGAGAAACGAAAAAGGCGACUCAUUUCCUAAUCCAGAAGACGAACUAGGUCCGGAACCAACGCCACAGGUUGGAAAGGACCAAGACUCGCACACUGUCCUCCCAUCUUAUGCCUCUGUCCGCAGGAACUCGCCAAAUUCCAUGAGAGAUCUCCUUGAUGCUAUAGAGCCACCGAAUGAGCCAGCCCCAGCCGUACCAUCUUCAUCUUCAUUCCAGGCUCCAAAUUUAAUCUCUGCUGGCACUCCAACCGGCUCAAAAGUUGAUCUCAAAGUGAUACAGCUCCAGGCAUCCGGGAUAGGCGUGAUGAUGGAGGACCAAAAGAUCAUCCAUAUAGCGAGGCAUAAUAUUAUAGACUAUGGCAAAUCGGGAAUCAAGUCGAAAUGGGAGGCUGAAGUUGCCGAGAGAGUGGAUUUACUGCUGGCGGUGAAUAUUGUACUGAUCAUGGCAAACUCGGCAUAG